GGGUGCGGAGCAACCGUCCACGAGCGCAGGGAAGGCGACGCGCCAGCGAUUGGCUGCGACAGCUGCCGGUCACCGAGAAGACCCCACCUCGGUCCGCGAGCUGGCGCCCGCCCACCCGAGGCCGCACUUCCACGGGGUCCUCCGUCCCCUUCCGCGCCGCGCGGAACUGGCUGUUGCCCGGGAGCCGGGGAGACGCGGGACGCGAAACGUUCUCACCUUCUGAGGCCUCCGAGCGGGCUCAGCCCCCGGCCGCAGCCGAGGCCUCGGGGGGCCCUGGGCUGUGGGGUCAGCCCCGCACGGCGGGGCCGGGCUGGGGCCGUGGGAAGCCCUGCCAGUCUCGGGAGGGGGCUGCGGGGACCAGAGCGGCCGGCGCCUCCCUGCCCGGCCCGCAGGGGUCCCCCCACCGGCCGUCCACCGGCUGAGGAUCAGAGCCUGCGCCGCGGGGGCCCGCGGUCACAAGGAUGGUUUCCUAACCAGCACGGGAGGACGCGGGGUGAAUCCGCACUGCUGAAGAAGCCGCGUUUUUAGUUUUCCUGGGGGCUCUGUUACUGGGACCCACAAUGGAAAACUUAGACGGUCACGGUGGUGGGAACCACAAGCUUCCCAAGGUCAAGAGCUCAAAGGAGUGGCUGGCGCCGCAGCCCCUCAGCCUCAUGCAGGCAUUGGCUAGAGAAGAUAAUAAUGCAGCUAUUCAAUCAAUAUUAUAUAGAGAAAAUUAUAUAAUUAAGGAACUGGAUAAGUGCUUGCACCAACAUGACUUCUUGAACGAGAGAAGAAAAGAGCUGCUACAUAAAAGAUGGGUUGACUACGUGGCAGAUCCUCUGCAGAAGAAAAUUAUAGAAAAAGUUUGUUCGCAUAAGAAGAUGAAAAAAAGGAGACAAGAGGAAUUAGACAGUUUUUUAAAAUAUGUCAAUCAAAAGGGAAACGUGUUCUUAGAGCACUAUGAUCCGAAAGAGUACGAUCCUUUCCACAUGAGCAAAGAGGACCCGGAUUUCCUGAAGGUCACCGUCCCACUGUUCUGUGACCCUUUGAAAAAGGCACAGUGUGACAAAGAUGAGGAACAAAGAACUCUCCUUCAGUGUGAGACUGGCAAAAUGCAUACAAUGAAAGAAUUUAAAGAGGUUGAGAAGGCCAAACGGUAUUCCAGAUUCCCAAGAAUCUCUAAUUCAAGGUGUUUCAUGACUCCAAACGAGUGGAUUAGACUGUCAGCAAACUACAUAGAAAGUGAAUUUUGUAAAAGGAGCAGGUUGAAAGUGAAAGUGAAUUUUAACGGCAGUAGUUUUGACUCGAAGCCCUCGGCCAAAGGACCUCAACUUCUGGAAUCCUAGGAAGAAGAAAAAGCUGCUAUUUGCAACCUCACGAGGCUUUGGCAGCCGAGGAGCACGCACCCUGGCCCUCGCCUGGUAGUGAGGAUGCAGAGGAAGGCCGCUUUGGAGGCCGUCUGCCAGCAGGAACCGUUCAGGGGGAGGACCGAGGAGGAUGCACCCAGAAUUGUUCUGUGUCUAAGGAAAGCAGCCGCAAUAAACCCCACUUGCUUUCUGAGUCCGUGUCUGUGUGAUAA